AUGGAAUUUCCCAAGCUCACUCGUUUCGUAGAGGACCUGCUUGACACUUACAAUCCAGAGACAGUCAUCGAGAAUCAUGAGGACGACAACUCAUUUGCCCAUGAUGAUCUGGAAUCAGCAGUCGAAGAGCCUAUCGACAGCCGGUGUGAAGAGGAUCUUGUUGACGCCGAUGAGUAUCACAGAUUCAUGGAGUGGAUGGCGAAGCCUUCUGACCCUUUCACUCCGAGCAAGCUUUUUGAAAAGAUCAGAGACUAUGGUGUUGUUGAAGGCACACUCUCCUUUGACAACUGGGAUGGCUCGCAGACAACCCGGUCCAGCACUUCCAUCCAAGCGCAAGUAAAAAAAUACAACGCAGCCAAGUAUGCCAGGCUAUGUAAAAAGCAGUUCCGGGACCAGAAGGACAGGACUCGUUUGGGUCGUCGGAUGCAAAAACGCCGGGAGGCUAUUAGUCUGCUAGACUCGGAGCCCGAGCCAUGGGGCGAGCAACUGCGUUGGGAGUUGAGUAUGCUUCUUGAUGACCAACUUGUGGAUAGGAAGCAUUGGUUAAGCAUUAACAGUCGGAUGGAGAAGCGUCUGGAUAUCAUGAAAACACUUGUUUCUUUUGAUGUCAGCAUGCAGUAG